AAUUAAACAAAAAAAAUAAUGAGAAUUUCAAUGUAAAAUUACAAAAAUAAUAAGAAAAUGAACCAGGACACUAUAGUUUUAUAAUAAUUAAGUUUAUAAAUUAGUGAUGAUAAGUUGAAGUUGUUUAAUACUAUUUUAUUUUUGUUAUUGUUAUAUAAGUUUCAAUAUUUUACAGAGCUUUAAUAGAUAGAUGUUAUAAUUAUAUUAAAAUGUGUACUAUACCACCUCCGCCUCCUCCACCCACACUGCCUAACAUCAAUUCACCGACGAAUGUACAAAAAAACGGAGAAGGAAACCAACCAAGUUUUGAUCCAGAAAUAUGCACCUGGGCAUCUGAGCACCCAGAAUUGAGAGAAGCUUGUUUUAAAAACAGAAUCUGUUAUGAAAAACCUCCUUUUAAAUACAAAUAUAGAUAUUUUGAAUCUAUAUUGCAGAUAGGUCCAACUUGUGGAUUAGUUGCAUUGUCAAUGGCAGUAAAUGGAGAAGCAUCACCUGAUGAAUUGUUAAGUAUCGCGAAAUUGGAGGGUUACACAAGCAAUGGAGAAAUGUUCAGCUGUAAAAAUAUGGUGAAACUGACAGAGAAAGCCUACAGCUUAGCUGAGAUUGAUAAUGUUAACUGCACAUUGAAACAAGGAGGUUUGUACAGCUCGGAGACUAUUGAAAGACUUCUUAAUGGUGCUGUUCUUUUAGUUCCAUAUGAUGCUGACUGCAACCACUCACCAUGUCUAAAGAAUGGUCACACAGCUCACUGGGCUCUAGUAUGUGGCAUUAUUAUUGUAAAUGACCCCGGGGAUGACUACAUCAGUGACCAGAAAAAUGUCUAUGUACUUUCCAGACAUGGAAAAUCCAAAUACCUAUCUGUCUGGAACUUGUAUGACCUAGCGCAGAGUAACAAUAAUCUUUACGAGUUUUCCCCCAAAAAGGGGGCUGAUGGCUUGGUCUAUAUCCUCCCUGAGGGAGGCAUAGGAGGGGAGAAUGGAUUGAGGGACCAAUUUCUAAUAUUUGAGGGUUACUAAAUAUUUAAGAAUAAGCACAAAUGUUGAAGCAUAUCUGUUUUCUGAUUAAAU